AUGGCUGCACCCUCGAUCGCAUGGCUGCGCAUAGGCGACCUCCGCCUGCGCGACAAUCCGGCGCUCUACUGGGCGGCCGAGAGUGGAAAUCGCUGUGCCGGUCUUCGUGUGGUGCCCCGAAGAGGCGUCCGCGUGUCCAGGAUCGAGGGCAAGUCCCCCGAGGAGAUCGCCGCGGCCUUGAAGGAGUUGCCGCCCGAUCAGCUUGCGAAGGUUUGGGCCGCCGUGGACCGUAAAGAUCCAUGCCCUGGCCCUGUGGAUUGCAGCGGCAUCACGGUGGUGGCCAAGGACUACAAGGGUAUGUUGGAUCAGCCCAGCGCGCCCAAGUUUAAGGGUGCCUUGGCCCAGAUCUACGUCCGAAGCCAGCCCUAUGGAGGUUCCGACAAGAGCAACAAUGGCCACCGCUACGACUCGAUUCCCAUUGUGAACGGCAUGAUUUCAGCAGGCAUGAGCUGUCAGCUGAUCCACUACACCCACGAGGAGCACGACAAGUUCUUUGAGUUAUGCAAGAGCUUCGACUAUGUCAUUGUCCGAUGCAACCCAGGUCAGAUCAAGGCUGACGGGGGAGAUCAGCAGAAGUUUGAUGAUGGCAUGCGUGCCUUGAGGAAGAUGGGCAAGCAGGUGUGGCCGUCCCCGGACGUCAUGGAGAAGAUGGGCGCGAAGGAUGCCUUGUGCAAGGUGGCCACAAUGAACAUUGGUUUGGAGGACACGUUGACUUACUAUUCUCCUGAGGAGUUUGCUGCAGGCUUCAAGAAGACCAUGGCCUUCCAGCCUCGUGUGAUCAAGCAGAACCGGGGACGAGAACUACUGCAAGGAGCCAUGGCUCUCUUCCGUGAGUAUGGUGAGAGGCUUUGCGAGGACGGUGAGAAGUUGAUGCUCAUGGAGGCCAACGAUAACCAUGAGGAGGAACACACGGUCGGCGAAUUCAUCGAGUUCUGCGUGCACGGCCGCACAGACAAGUCUGGCGAGUGGACCUCCAAGGGUGUCGGCAAGUAUUUGGAGGGUGGAAAGGAGGCCGGCGGCCAGUUGGUGGACCAGCGUUUCUGCCCGCGCAUCGUCGAGGGCGAGCUCCGCUACAACCUCAUCGGCGACUCGCUGAUCGGAGUGAUCCACAAGAAGCCCAAGGAGGGUGGCAUCUCUGCCGUGGGCGGCACUGGAUCCAUCUACACCUUCUAUGGUCCUGACGAGCCCCUCUUCAAGUCUUUGACCGAGAACUUCUUGAAGAAGGACCUGCCGCAUGUGAUGCCUUCCUUGGACUUGGCGGAGGAGCCCUUGCCGCUCUGGUGGACCACGGACUUCAUCAACGCUUCGCCCGUCGGCACGAAGGCGGAGGACGAGAAGUGGAUCGUGGGCGAGUUCAACUGCUCUUGCGUGGGCAUCUCCAAAUGCUUGGCCGCCUACUGCAAGGAUGACACCCCAAAUGCCAGUUGGGAUGAUAUCUCCGAUGAAGACAAGGCUGAGGCCAAGAAGAUGGGCGACCUCAUGGGAGAGAAAGCUUUGGCCAUCCUCUCCAAGUAG